CACAACAAGUGUGCCUCCACCGUAAAUAGACGUCGGAACGCGAGCUGCGUUCAGUGUCAACAAACAACCAUUAAACAGCUGAACUUUCCCAGGAGCUUGUUUCACUUUAAGGAGUGCUUUCUUUUCCAAAUGGAGAACGGAGGCUAUCAACCUCAGCAGAAGAGACGGAAGAGACGCUGUGUCAUUGUAACUGUCGCCUGUGUCCUACUUCUGAUCAUUAUUAUAGUCGCCGUUGUGUUUGUGCUGAAGCGCCGUCAGAACGAAGAUAGUGUGACAUCAACUUUUAUUGCGAGGUGUGAGGGAUACGAAGGCCUGCACCAGUUUGGUGAUACACUCGAUCCACAUUCCUACGACUGUCAAAAGAUAUGGAAGGUCUUUGAACAAGCCUAUGUAGGGAAAGACCCAUGCAAAGUUCCCACGGAAGCAUAUGACCCUCUCAUUGCCUCAGCUCCCUUCCAACCUGCCUGCAACAGAAUGAUGUUCUGGAGCAAAACAAAGGAUGUGGUCCAUGAUUUCACUGAGAAGACAAAAUGUUUUCUCACCCUGGAGGACUCUCUGCUGGGAUCUGUCCUGGACGGCUUGACCUGGUGUGGAAAGGAGAGCAGCAGUGAAACAUUCACAACCGGCUGCCCAGGUUGGACAGACUGUGAGAACAACCCUGUUCGCUCAUUUUGGGUCAGAGCCUCAGCUGCUUUUGCAGAUGUUGCCUGUGGUGAUGUUACAGCAAUGCUUAACGGAUCCAUCACCACGCCGUUCAGUCCCACAAGUAUUUUUGGGAGCAUCGAAGUUAAAAGAUUCAACUCCACCAGGGUGAAAAGCCUGAAUGUUGUCCUCGUCACACAGAUGAACAAUGUGGCAAACUGCACAAAUCCAUCUUUCAAGGACCUACAGGAGACACUGGAUAAAGGGAUUAAGUAUAACUGCAAGGAAGUGGCUGAAUCUCAGAUCCAGGAGUGCAGCUCCAAACCGGAUAUAGCAUGUGGCUCCUGUUGGUGAAAAUAUCAGACUGGAAUGAAAAGACACAAAAAUAACCACCUGUGGAGAAUAUUUGUCCAGAGUUUGUUUUGUGAAUCAUAUAAUGUGCUUUAAAUGUGUGUUUUGUAGAUUUAUUUUCUUUCAUACCUGUGGGCCAGUUUGAAUUAAUGUGAAAUGUGCAUUUUUACAUGAAAUGUCACUGAUACGUUUUUACAAUAAGACAUUUUUAAUCUC